AUGCAUGCAUGCCUGCUCAUUCCAGAGAUCGUAAAACUCAUUUUCGCCAAUAUCAUUGUCUACGGCACCGACGGUUCUUUAGCAAAAUUUGGAGAUCGCUACUAUCAACAGGUCGCGCGACGUUCUCUAGCUGCUCUCUCCCGGGUUUGCCGUUCCUUCAAAGAUAUGGCUUUGGACGCGUUAUGGGUCAAGCUGGAUAAUUUGGAACCGCUUUUCGCUUGUCUUCCACGAGAUUUAUGGACCAUGACUGGCGAUCGGAAGCUUCUCAUACAGAGACCUGUAACCGCAGCAGAUUGGUUGGUCUUCGAGCAGUAUGCGCCUCGGGUGAGAAUUCUAGGAAACACGGAUUCAGAUCUUUUCGGAGGCAUAGAUGCGGAGUUUGUCUACGCCAUGAUGGGUUUUUGUUCACAGUCACUGUUGGUGCCCAACCUUCGAAUACUCUACUGCAAAGGAUGUCCUCAUGUUCUUCAUUCGUGUAUACGUUACCUCCUGGGUCCCAACCUCAUUUAUCUGUUGCUGGUUCCGCCGACAGAAGGGUUUUGGUCCAACGUCAUGCCUUCGGUGUUAUCAGGUCUCGGCAGGCAUUCACCACAAUUGGAAGUCGUCGAAUUUGUCGGACCAUAUGCAAUAUGUCCUCAAGUCAGCGAGCUUGCUCUUUGUGGGCUCACGCACUUGCGGAAGGCAACUCUUGUCUUGCCAAGCUGCGGAGAUUUGUCCUGGCUAUCUCGUCUCGUUAGUCUUCAAGAGUUGCGGAUCACCUUUGCUGGAAUUCUCCCUCCCCUCAGAUCUCAAUUUCGUACCUCUUACCUUGACACACUGGUCGUCCGCUCGUUUAGUUUGAUCUCGAGUGCAAAUGAAGUAGAGGGGUGGGUUGUUCCAUGCAGACAGCUGCAGCUCAUUCCUGCCUUUCCUGGAUCAGCUGCUGCCGUCGAACGUGCCCUGCACAUGUUGGACAACCGUCUACUUUUCGAUGUUCUGGAGCAUAUCCUACUAGACGUGGUACUCGACCCUGCUGACCAUAUCGACAACGCGUUCACCCUCCAAACAUUCACUCCCCUCAUGCGCUUCUCCGGUCUCAAAGCAGUUGAUCUUUCGGCAUUUUGUAUGUCUUUGCUUGAUGAUGAUGCCCUUGGUUCUAUCGUCAAGUCCUGGCCACGCCUCGAGUGUCUUUACCUUGGGACCAAAUGUUUCUGGCGGACACCACCCAAAAUCACCUUUCGGGGUCUUGUGGCCUUACUUUCUGCCUGCCCCAAUCUCAGAAAUCUCGGUUUGGUAUUCGACGCUACGAAGGUAGAUUUGCCUACGGCUGAGAAAUUAGGACGUAGGGUUUGCAACACAAAUAUCACCAGUUUUCAUGUUGGAUUCUCUCCGAUCAAACAACCAUUGCAGGUCGCCAUCUCACUUUCGGCAGUCUUGCCGUGCUUGGGAGAAUUCAGCGUCGAGUCCUUGCUAUCGAGGGGUCCUGACCGAGUGACACGAGAGGCCAAGUGGAAAGAGGUAUUGGAGCACAUUAGCCGUAUCUUGACUAAGAAGCGAGAGUAG